CAUUCUCAAAGGGCUCCUGAGAAAACGGAUAGUGCAGUGUGUCUGGGGAACCCAGUACCCUGGAUGGUGGGAGUUGCUAUUGUCACUCCUCCUCUCCAGGAUGCAUCGCAUAUCCCUAGGCCCUCUGAGGGGUCAGGGCUCCUGCCUGCCUGCCUCUGAAUAUCUGUCAUCUUUUUGCUUUGUUUGGUCAUCAUGACCCUGCCCCUGCCAACUAAGAAAAGCUGAGCCAGGGCCAAGCCUGGCUGCCUGGUCUCCUGGCCAGCAUUGCAUGCUGCUGCUUUGCGUCAGCAGAAAAAAGGUCCCCUGCCAGCCACAUUUUAGAGCACGCUGUCCCUUGCAGUCCUAGCCUGAGAAGCUUCUACGCUGCGUCCCUGCUUGCCAGACUGAGUUUGUUCUCUCUCUGCCCACAUACCUGGUGCCUCAGGAAUCUCGAAGUAUGGCUUGGCGGCCCAGUGACUUCAGGGGAUGUGUUUGAGGCUUGGGGACCAGUUCUACAAGGAAGCCAUUGAGCACUGUCGGAGCUACAACUCAAGGCUGUGCGCAGAGCGGAGUGUGCGGCUCCCCUUCCUGGACUCGCAGACUGGCGUGGCCCAGAACAACUGCUACAUCUGGAUGGAGAAGAGGCACCGAGGCCCAGGCCUUGCUCCUGGCCAGCUGUACACGUACCCUGCCCGCUGCUGGCGCAAGAAGCGACGAUUGCACCCACCAGAGGACCCAAAGCUGCGACUCCUGGAAAUAAAACCUGAAGUAGAACUGCCCCUGAAGAAAGAUGGUUUUACCUCUGAGAGUACCACCCUGGAAGCCUUGCUUCGUGGUGAGGGAGUGGAGAAGAAGGUGGAUGCCAGAGAAGAGGAAAGCAUCCAGGAGAUACAGAGGGUUUUGGAAAAUGAUGAAAAUGUAGAAGAAGGGAACGAAGAGGAGGACUUGGAAGAAGAUAUUCCGAAGCGCAAGAACAGGACCAGAGGACGGGCUCGUGGCUCUGCAGGUGGCAGGAGGAGGCAUGAUGCUGCCUCUCAGGAAGAUCAUGACAAACCCUACGUCUGUGACAUCUGUGGCAAGCGCUACAAGAACCGGCCAGGACUCAGCUACCACUACGCUCAUACUCACCUGGCCAGCGAGGAGGGAGAUGAAGCCCAAGACCAGGAGACCCGAUCCCCACCCAACCACAGAAACGAGAACCAUAGACCCCAGAAAGGACCAGAUGGGACAGUCAUUCCUAAUAACUACUGUGACUUCUGCUUGGGGGGCUCCAACAUGAACAAGAAGAGUGGAAGGCCUGAAGAACUGGUGUCCUGUGCUGACUGUGGACGCUCUGGUCACCCAACUUGCCUGCAGUUCACUCUGAAUAUGACCGAGGCCGUUAAGACCUACAAGUGGCAGUGCAUAGAGUGCAAAUCCUGUAUCCUGUGUGGGACCUCAGAAAAUGAUGACCAGCUACUCUUCUGCGAUGACUGUGACCGUGGCUAUCACAUGUACUGUCUAAAUCCUCCAGUGGCUGAGCCCCCAGAAGGAAGCUGGAGCUGCCAUUUAUGCUGGGAGCUGCUCAAAGAGAAAGCAUCAGCCUUUGGCUGCCAGGCCUAGGGCCCCCAUCACAGAAUGCAGCCCACCACUAGAGAGGCUGAACUGAAGCCCUGUUCAACCCAGAUGGAGGUCUCCUCCUGUAUAUGUACACAGACCAACUGCAAGGAAAACGAAUAGUUACAGAAGGGAACGGAGGGGGCAAGGUCCCCACUCACCUCUCGCCCUGCCCUGCCCGCGACCUCACGCCCCAUGCAUACUUCAACCAGCGCUUCUUCAUUUCUACCAGCGGGAACUCGUCAUUUUUGAAGAACAAUCCAGCCCCAGCUCUGUGGAACCUUCCUCAUGUUCACCCUCACAUGCCUCCCUCUCGUUGCUUCCCAUUUUAGAGGAAGCCACUUUGUGACUGCUCAUCAACCCCUCUGUGUGUUGCUUGGUGGGGUUCUUGUUUUGUUUUGUUCUCUUCUAUUGUGUUUCAAGAACUCGUCACCCAGCGUCCUCACCCUUAGCUUAGGCUCUUCAUCCCAGAACUCUCCCAGAGGAACAAAAUGCUGUGGGGAAGCUCUUGCUUAUUACUAGUCUCACUGGAAAUGCCCGUGUUUGGAGGCCAUCUUGAAGAUGGAACUUGGAAACAUCUUGGUUUUCAAGUCUCUGCUUAGAAGAAGAGUUGUAGUGUUUGAGCCUCUGCAGUAGCAUCCACAGCUGGGAUGCCCUUGAUCCACUGCACUGCCACUUGAUCAGGGGUUCAGAGGGCCUGGGAGAUGGGAGGAAAACCUGGGGCCCUGCUAUAACUAGUCAGUAUUUGCUGGUCCUCAAGAGGGACUUUGCGAGGGACUAGGCCUUGACCUUCAGAACUUGAGGUAAGGCAACACAGUUUCUAAACACAGAAAAGUGCUGAAUGAAGAUCCUGCCCCCAACUGAAUUGAGUGUGAAGGUCUGCCUCAGUCUCUGGGGGUGGGACUCAAGCUCUGGAGAGGUGGGCAAAGGAUGCCCAUUCAACAGUCCAGGGUUGGUUAGAAGAGACUAUAUGUAGCUUUGAGAAACUCUCUAGUAUUGAUGCUACACUAUAGAUUUCUUUUCUGGGCAAUUCCUUCCUUCCAUGUAGUAUAUGUUUGUCAGUGACCACCGAGAUGUGACUGGAAAUUUUAGAAUGGAGAAGAGAUGAACAUUACUUAACCAGAUCAUUGGGCACGUUGAUUACUUGUGACUGGGUGGCAAUGAUUCAGAACCCUAGUCCGUUCUUGUACGCUAGGCUCCCUGAUAUGGGAUGGGUUCUCGUUUGAAGCAAGGUUUCUAGAAGAUGGAGGAAGGCCUGGAUUCUAAGGACCCUGUGUGUCAGAAGAGAAGCCUUGAGGGCUGGAGUGGGCUGGAGCUGGCUUUGAAUCACAGUGACAGUGUGAUAACUGACACAUUUCUGGAAAAAUCAUUCGCCCAAAGGGCAGGUCUCCGUGAGCAGGAUCCGUGCGCAUGCUCCACUUCCCUGGAAUCAGCUCCAUCGCCGUGGUCCAGCAGCUUGCAACAAAGGCCUGGGUUAUUUUUAGUCUUCAGCUCCUGAAGAAGCCCCUGGAGACAUGGGCUGGCUGGGCCCCUCUGCCCAGCUGCAGCAUGGCCUCUGCCACUCCACAGGAGUCAUCCUCCCCCUGGCUAAUUGCUCUUGGCACGUGGACCUAGGGCAGCCUGGCAUGGAACCAAGCGGUGUGCCCCCCCCUGCAACUUCUUUGCAGAGUGACCUGUGGCAAGAGAGUGGGGGUCACUCUCCUGCAGGCCCUGUGGCCUCAGAGCUAGUUCCAUGCAUACGAAAUGAUCUCAUUUAAAGGGCCCCUGUCCAGAGAGCACCUCUCUCCUCCUCUCAAGCUCUCUCCUUCCUCCUGCUGGUUGCUGUGCCUGUGUGGAUUAAAAAGGCCCAAGGAAGGGCUGGAGGAAUGGCCUAUCUCCACAGAGGGGUACAUCCCCUCUCCAGACUCUGCUGGCUCUCCCCACAAACCCUAAAGCAGAGUAGCCUCAGAGACUACUUACUUGUUUGGGGAAUCAUAUUAAAUUAAUUUCAGAAGGGAAAAAGGUCCAAAUGUUCUGGAAUGCUAUACAGGCCUAAAGGUGGGGGAAAAAUAAGUCUAAAACCCUCCACCUUUAUGGCUCUAAGACUUGACAGGUCCCCUUUUGGAGUGUACAUGAGUCUGCUUUCUACAGAAAUGCAGAUGUUCUCUGUCCAGCCAUCCUUGGGCCCACCCAAGCUGAUGGAGAUCACACAUCCCUCGCCAAGUCAAGGGGGCAGUCGGAGCUUGUCCACAGCACUGGGACUGCCCAGCACCCUUGGUCCCCUAAGGAAGACUCCCGGAGUCCUUCUCUUCUGCUUCACUUGUCCUAGAGAAUGGGCUCAGCCUUUCUGCUUCAGAGGUUUUGGUUUGGUUCCCCAUGCAGAGAGCAGCUCAGCUUGGAGAUGCCAUGUCAGGGUACGGCAGGCCAGGUCUCCAGAGCCAUCCUCCUGCAUCGGAAAAAAAAAAGGCGUUUGUGAAGUCAAAUUGAUAUCUUCUUUCUCAGAGCCCUGGAAUGAGCAGCAAUCACAGGGUCGGGGUUCUAGUGCCCCCUCUGCCCCUGAAUAGUGUGUGACCUUGGACAAAUCACAUAGCACCCAUAGCACCCUCAAAUCUCUAUGUGCUCAUCUGUAAAAUAGAAAUGAGAACACUUGCCUUUUCUAUUCCACACUGACACUGGGAGGGGCCCGAAGAAUAAUGUUACAUAAACAACCAACUGCAGAGUCAGGCGUGUCUGUGGGAACUCCAAAUGCUUUUUGGAGCCACCACCUUGUGGCUUCUAGCCAAAGCUAGAAGCCUUCUUGGAAUCUCUUUUUUGAUGGAUGGAGGCUUACAUGUCAAAGGCUUGGUUGUCCAUGGUCAGGGCUUCUAAGCCAGGGCUGUGGUCAUGGAGACUGUGACUGGGCUUGGGUGAUAAUGGGAGGUACCCAGGGUUUGGGAACUUGAGGACAAAGAUACCAUAAAUGCAUGUGCAUGUGGACAGAUAGACACAGAAAGAUAGACAGACACACACAUACACACACACACCAUCAGCAUGAUUAACCACUUGGAAGGGGAGCCAACUUCUGUAGAGGGCACUGUGCACUUGUUCAAAUGUAGUAGUAUCUUUUUAGCCGGUUAACUCUAGUCAAGUAACUUUGCCUCUCUGAGCCUCACGGCCCACGAGUGUGAGGCAGAGAGAGAUGGCCUGUCUAGAGAUCUAACAGGGCUGUUAGAGUAGUGCUUGUUGAGAAGUGUCAUGGUGCAGGUCUUGCUAACAAUGGGGCUUCCAGUCUGUAGUAGCCACUGUCAUUUCGUCCAGAGGUCACUAAGCGGGGACAAUGAUUCUGUUGAGGACCCCACAAGUCCUGACAGGGUUAUUCUGCUCCACCACAGCCUUCUAUCCUUAUGUGGUGACUGAAGAACCCCAGCUGGAAGAUAAACUCUUAUUUCUUUCUAGACAUUCUUGAGACCCUACGUUCAGGACCGUAGUAAAUCCAGGACAGACCAUGGGUGAGGAAAGAGGAGUGGAGCUCUAGAUAGAGACCUGACAUCCUUGUCCUCUUUCCCAAGCCCUCCUGACACCGCUGGAGGCAGAAGCCAGCAAGUCUCCAGACUGCUGGGUGCGGUUGCCUCAGGAUGAGAUAGGAAGCUGGGUCUAGGUGGAGAGAGGCGCUGCUUCCCUUGGCUCAGCCUGAGAGACCCUCCUGUGACUAGAUGACUAGGGGGCCAGAGGGAGUGGGGGGAAAGGGGGGGCGGGAGGAGAGGAGAGUAGGAGGGGGAGGGGGAAAGGGAGGGGAAGAGAAGAGAGGAGAGGAGAUUCUGAUUAGGGGAGCUAAGAGGAGGUUUUGCAGAGCAAGAAGAUAUGGGCUUCACUCCUGGUGCACUUUAGUCUUCAAGAACAAUCCCUUUCAGCCCUCGAAUGUAUAAGUCCAGGUAUUUUAAGGAAGAAAACCAACAGGGCUAUAUUUAUUUUUCCUUUGGGGGCAAGUUCAGAAAACCUAUGUUCUGCAGUGGGUGGAAGAAAAUUCACCGGUAACACAAGGCUGCCACAGGCACAGGUGGGGGUUUGACGCUUUCCUCUUCCAGUCUAUGUGCUCAAGGCAGUCUUGCUUGGCUGGUGGGUGACCCAGGCAGGGUCCUGAGAAUCCCCCUGCCUGCCCUCCAUUUAGAAGUGCUGAGGUGAGUGUGCCUCCCUCCUACUCAAUAAUGUCUGUUCUUAGUACUCCUUAGGAACUCCAGAGUCAUGGUCCAAGGGAGAAGCUAGCUCCUGGGCCAUACUCAUGCCGACAUGGCCACUGAAGGUGUGUGUUCUCAGGCCUAGGCUAGCUUCAGGCAGGAGCAGUACUGGUGUCUCUUGUAGUAGACCAGCAUUCCUGAGUUGGGUUGCAGGGCAGGGAGGCGUGGGGAAGGAGUCCGAGUUAGCCUAAUAAAGAGAAAAGAUGGGAAGGAACUUUGAGUUGGGGAUGAGAGUUGGGGAUGGAGGAGGUGCUGUUGGGAGAUGCAAGCAGAGGGACAAUGGGGGGGGGGUAUGAAGCAUUAUCAUAACAAGCUUUUCCCCCCUCAGUCCUACAGUCCUAGAAAAAAAAUUGUUUGAAACAAAAGCUAAAUGUUUGCCUAGCCGUGGGUGCUGAGCCAGCUCUCCUUUCUGGGGGCUCCCUGGACUCUGGACCCAUGCUGACUGAGGGGACUAUCAGAGGGCAAGGAGGGAGGGACUGGUGUCCCUCAUGCAGUGGAAGUAGGAAAGACCUGCCCCUCCCCCCUGCUCCUGCCUGAGUCUUUGUGGAUUUUUCUACUCCCACAGAUGAGUGUCAUUGGAACAUUUGGCCAUCGGUUGCUGAGACCCCGCUGGUCUAGAUUGGCUAGGGUCAGUUGACAGAUGGUAGCAGGGUGAGCUUGAUCCUGGCCUACAGCCUUGGGCAUGGGAGCAAUUUCAGGCUUUGCUGCUUCAGGGCUUAGGCCCAUAGGUCCUGACUCCAGCAGCUGGAAAGUGCAGGAGGAGGGCCUAGCCAGCCUUCUCCCUACCACCUGGCAGAACCAAGGCUCCGUGUCCCCCACUGUCUGCUGCCCUUUUGGUCUUUCCAAGAGCUCAGCUUUAUCUGAGGAAAGGGGAGGACCCCAUUUUUUCUUGCCCCAAGUCCACAAAUCUUCCCACUGAGACCCCUCCUACACCAAAUCUAAUUUAUCAGUAGUCAGAAGGGCUGUUGAGGUCAUCUGUGAGUUGGGCUCUUUGGUUAUUCUCCAGCAUCCUCAGGCCUUGUGAUCUUUACGAUCCUCUUCCAGAGGCCGCAGUAACCUGCCGGGAGUGUGGGAACAGCCUGGGAACCAUGGAUUGGUUUAGGGUUUUUGAGAGCUAGAAAUGUUUUUCUAAUGAGCCUGGAGACUUAUAGGGUAGGGGGACUGGGAAAUUUGCUCUGAGAAGUAGAUCAGGGGGUAGGGAAAGGAAGAUGUGGGAAGGUGAAUGGAAUGGGUCCUUUGACCAUCACAGCGGUUGCUUCUGGGAAAACCUGGCUGCAGGGCUGUUCAAACUGGGCAAUUGGAGGUAGGCCCAAAGGAAGCAAGGUCAGGAAGCCCUGAGGUGGAGAGAUAGGCUCCUGCCUUGUCAUUUCUGCAUUAAACCUGUCCUCUCAGAAGAGACAGACAGACACACACACACACAUACACACACACACACACACACACCGUGAGGAGGGAAACUAGAAGCCAGGAGUAGUGUGCCUUAGGCCUGUCUGGGUUCUGAGUGAGGCCUGGCCAUGCCUCCUGACUGGUUGCAAGUGCUCCUUGGCAUUGGUGAAGCUGUGAGGGGUGUCAUGGGCUGGGGGUGGGUACAGGGAUGCCCUGUUUGAGUCUGUGAGAGCCUCAGGUGGAGGGGCCAGCAGCCUCAAACGAGUGACACUCCACAGUUUCCCCAUCUUUGGCCUCACCAUGAACAGGGAGCAUUUGUGCUGAUGGUGACAUUACCCAGGGCAGAGCAGAGGAAGGCAGGAUUGGGCUGGCAGGCAGCCAGAACCCUCUUCCACAGAGAUAUAAUUACUAAUAAUGACCUCUAUCCUGAAAGCAAAUAAGAUGGCCAUUCAGGUCGGCACCAACUGGAUCUGGCAAAUCAACAAAACCGGGGUUGGGAAGGGACACGGGAAAAGAGGCCUCUGUCGGAAAUAGGGGCCCAUGAGGCCCUGGGGCCUUUGUAUCCCUCAGCAACUAACUUUGAGAACUCCCAGCCUAUAUUUCCACCCACUGCAUCUUUUAGCUCACCUUGCUCCAUCUCUAUUGUUGUAUUAAUAUUGUUGAUGAGAGCAGGUGUGUGUGUGUGUGCAUGUGCAUGCGAGUGUUGGUAUGGGUGUGUGUUGGCCUGAAGAAAGCCACUAGUGUUGAUCCAAGACCAGAGGAGAACCAGGAGCCACCAGGCAAGCUGUAUUUUAUCGUCCCUGAAGAUUUUUGCAGCCAAGGACUGCAGUGCCCAGUCUAAAGAGCCAGCAGAUGGCUUCUCGUGGCCCUUCCCAUCUUUUCCCUUCAUCACCUCUGCCUCUUUGGGAGAAAUAUUGAGGAUAUGAGAAAAAGAAAAAGCCUCAAUUAUGCUAUCAAAAUGGUGCAAAGACUUCAUGGCUGGAAUGAAGCCUUUUGUUGACUCUAUUUUCCCUUUCAUGUUUAUUCCCCACUGAGACCUUCAUUCUCUUUUUCUCCUCCUUCCUCUCUCCUCCCUUCCUCUCCUUCCUCCUCCCUUCCUCUCCUUCCUCCUCCCUCCUUUGCAUCCCCUCCCACUUUCCCUGUAGCCAUGCAAAUGCUAGAGUGCAGGGGUAGCUGGAAGAAACAGUGCUAUAAAAGAAAAAUAUACCCCUGUGCAUUUUUCAACAUGUAGUUGAAGAAGCCUAAAUUAAGGACUAGGGGGAACAAAGCAAAAGACACAUGGCCAGAUAAUAUACGAGUGAAGCCUGAAAACAGAAUCUCAGAGCAGAGAUGAUGCGGAGCAGGUGGAUUGGGUAGGUAGGGAGUCCCAGCUUGCCCGUGUGUCAGGUCCACGUGGCAUUUGGGGAAGCAGACAAACCUGUGCUUUUACAACAAGUGGCCAAGUGCUUGGGGACCCCUGUGCUCUUUUGUUAGGCAAGGGAAAAGAUGUCCAUCCUAGCUGCCACUGUGUAUCCACCAUGCUUGUCCACCCUGGCUACUUUUUCCCUGGAGGCAGAUGAACACAUUUCUUGCCUGCCAAGAGUGAGGGCUGGGCAAGCUGGUACUGGCUGAAGCACUUGGCAGGGGGCUGGAUAUGCGCAAAGCAAUGUACUUGGUCUGCAGGGGCUGAAAAAAAACAAAAACAAAAACAAAAAACAGCCUCACCCUGGCCCGGCCUUCUGGUUGCAUUAUCAGCUAGCUGUAAAUGUUAAACAUUCCAGCAGGAUCCCGCUAAGUGUCCUAUCACCAGGACAGUGCCGGUUAUCUGUAUAUUUCUGUUUGGAACAUAUUUUCAUAUGAUGUGCAGGUGGAAACAUCUAGUUAUUGCCACCUUCUGGAAGUUGGGGAGAACACAGUUGACCCCAGCCUCCUUGUUUUGGUUUGUUAACCUGGGCAGUAGCUGCCACAGGUACAUAUCCUUAGCUUAUAGAGGUGCUAUGGAAGGUGUUCAUCUUUAGCAUUAGACUCCAGGGGGAUGAUAUAUAGCUAUACCUGGCUAAAGCAUGUCAGGCAGCCAGGUGGUCUGAGAUUGUGUUUCCAAAUGCUGUUUUAGGUUUCUGGUCAGGGUACUGUAAUUGGCAGGGCACGCUCAGUAGAGAGAAUUAACUGGCGUGGGAAAGUGAAAGCCUCACAACUGGACUGAGUGGACACCCACGGAGACUCCACUGGCUUGGGCUCAAAGUCUAGGGGCCAGCUUCUGCGUGGUCUAGCUGGUGGAUGUGGCCCAGUGUCAGGCUUUUGCAGCACACCUCCUCUGGGAUGGGCUCUUCACAUCCCAGCUCAAGCUUCGACUCCUCCCCUUGUCCAUACUGACAGCAUUGGAGGCAAACACUUUCUUUAUAUCUCCUCCCUUCUCUGCACAUGUUUUACCUUUUAGCUAUUCCCCAAAGAAGUCACAUUAGGCUUCCCUCCCCCCAUUUGGCUCACUAAAUGCCCACCUUCGGGGAGGCUAGGUCAGCCUGUUCGCAAGCGGCCUUAGGUUUAUCUGUUGUUGGUCUUAGAGAAAACUCUGCUGGAUCCUUGGAUCGCACAGCUCUCAGUAGGAGGGACUGUAGGGCCUCUAGGGACAGACAGGACAGAGCUUGGCUGCGAAUCUGGGUUUGAAGUACUAGAGAACAUGAAAUGUAUCCUGGAGUUUGGUCCACUUGAGAGCUGUCAGGCAGGGUUCCUUUGGCCCAAAUCUCCUUUCAAUAGUCAGAUUCCCCACUGUCCUUAGGGAUAGUAUGGAAGACAGGAAGUCUCUCCAUCUGGAUCCUGUCUGAGCCAGACUGGUGGCACUGCUCUCAAGCAGCUGACAGCAGACCAUGAGCCUCUCAUGCCUGAAUUCACGAUGGACCUGGGAUCCCCAGAGCUGAUGGACCAAGCUCUGGGAGGAGUUCCUUAGCCAUCUCCUCUCUAGUGCACUCAGACCCCUUGCAGUCCUGAAGCUGGCCUGCUGGAUGGUUAGGAAAUGCAGAUCUGAGGAGUGCCUGCCCUGUGCACACUAUAGCUCUUUUGAGGAAGGGUCAGAGCUAAGUCCUCACUGCAGUCCCCUCACUGCCCAACAUGUGUUUAAGAUGAGGACAGACAACCUUAAAGGCCAUUUUCAAAUAACCCUUUAUCCCUGAUGGCCAAGAGAUGGAAGAUCUCCACGGGAAGAUACAUGAAACUGGUUUUCUUCUUCUAGUUGGCUAAUCCCUGCUGUCUCUCCCAUCAGGGAAAAGCUGGCUUGGUGGCUCUAGGAAGAGCCACCUCUGUUUAUCAAACCCAGGGUUUUCUUGAGUGAGCUUGGAUAGGAGGCCCCUGGGGUGGGAUGAGAGACGGAUGUCCUGGGAUUUGGAAUCUCUUGGCUACAUUGACUUCUAGAGGGGGCACAGAGGUCUUGGGUUAAGCUGGGAGUGUGAAGCAUUUGGGAAGGAGCUGGUUUGGUCUUCAUGGCUCUGUUGGUAUCUGAGCUGACUCUGGAUAUCUUGCAGUCUCAGGAAUGUACUACUCUGUGGACUGCUUUGGGAAAGGGUCCCUGGUCCCUGGAACCAAAUCUCUGGAACCACAGGGUCUCCACUGCUAUCUCUUGGCCUGGUUGAGGGGUGAGGCAAACUUCUCCCAGUGGGCACAAGAGGGGGAAGCCAAUCCAGGACUUUAAUCUCACCAAUCCUACAAGCUUGCCUGUCUCUUACCUCCCCUCAGCGCCUCGAGGAUCUUAACCACAAAAGGAUGGCUGAAAGCUUUGGCCUCCAUCCCUGGAAAUCUCUAGAAUUGAAGAGUUUCCUUUUACGCCUUUGGAUGUUUUCCCCAUUGGACCUUGGGACCCAGCACCAUGCUGCCUCUUGCUGACUGAACAACCUAGAGUUUUUGCCUUGAGCUGCUUAGCUACCGUGCAUAGGAUGAAGGCUGACACAGCUUUCCUGAGGUUAGAAAAAGGGCUGCGGAUCUGGGAAGCUGUGUGUAAUGGGCCGAAGAUGAAUUUCCAUCCGGCUUGCUUUGCUGCUCUGAAAAGCAAACACAGCAACAAACAGAUGAAUGAGAAGCCCAGCCCCCCUCUGCUCUGGUCCUCUUUCAGGUGUGGUGUUGUGAUGGCACAUGUAUAGCUGUGUAUGCCACUGUCUUUCCAUCCUCUAGGGAUGCUUUUUAUCGCUCUUGUAUGUCAAGUCCUGGUCUUGUGACUCCCAUCGUGAAAGGUGCUGUCAUGUCCCUACCCUGUCUGAGGGACAUAUGGGAUCUCUUGGUAUUUCAGUGUUGAAGGGGAGGCUCUGCACAUCUCCCCUUAUCCCAAGGGGGACACACUGGUUCUGACUCUCUAGAGAGCUGGCAUAUCAAAAGAAGAAUCCGCAGGUUGGAAAUAGCCCGUAUCUGGAUUUUACCUCUCUGAUGGGCUCGCCGGAGAAGUCGGCUGUCUGGAAGGACUGCCUAGGUGCCAGGGCCUUCCUUCUUUCUGCCUUUCCUCUUCCCUGACUCAGUUUCCAUUCCAGAAGAGAAGCCUUGGAGAAGUCAGAGCCUAAACAAAUGGUUAGGCAUAUGAGCACUGAGCAGCCUUUACCUCGGAACCCCUGGAUACCCCAGCCCCUCAGAGGGACCCCCGCACGUUGGUAAAGACUGAGCCACAGCCCCCGUCUCUCCUUGCUGUGGUUAUCGUCUUGUCCUGUGACUGAUUAGCAGUGUUGGCUAUCCGUGUAGCAAAUCUUUUGUCUGCAAUUUAGAGAAUGUGUAAAUGAAUAAAAGCUUCAGAACUCUCGGAAA